ACGGAUUUCCUCUUGGUCCAAAAAGGCGAAAACAACCCACUGUUACUUCACGUAACAGCACCUUCAUGAAGAUCGGUGAUACCUGCAGCCACACCCAAUAUUUAUUUCAACGUUGGACGGUAUUUUGGUGACCAUGAGAGUCUUAAUAGGAGGAGGAUCUGGCUUUGUGGGCCGUGAGCUGACUCGCCUGCUCAGAGGCAAAGGUCAUGAGGUCACAGUGAUAUCUCGCCAGCCUGGUCCAGGAAAGAUAACAUGGGAUGAAUUGGAGUCUAGUGGCCUCCCACCAUGCGAAGGUGCUGUUAAUUUGGCCGGAGAGAAUCUCAUGAACCCGUUGCGAUGGUGGAACGAAAGCUACAAGAAGGAUUUGUUUUCCAGUCGCAUUGACACUACAAAAGCUCUCGCUCAAGCAAUCGCUGCCUCCCCGAGUCCUCCUCACUCCUGGGUCCUGGUAUCAGGUGUAGCGUGCUACCAGCCCAGUCUGACAGCUGAGUACACAGAAGACAGCGAAUGGACACCGUUUGACCUGCUUUCAAAACUUGUGAGAGAGUGGGAGGCCUCCGCACUUCUGCCUGAGAAUGUGACAAAAAACACCAAACAAGUGGUCAUCAGGCCUGGGGCAGUACUCGGUCGUGACGGUGGCGCCAUGAAGCAAAUGCUGCUGCCCUUCUGGCUCGGCCUCGGGGGCACUCUGGGAUCCGGAAGACAGCCGUUCCCCUGGAUCCACGUCUCAGACCUAGCGGGAAUCAUCGCCCACGCCCUGGAACCCCCCGCAGACGCCCCCUCCCCUUCACCGCAAGUGUUAAACGGAGUCGCACCUGCCCUGAACACCAACUACGAGUUCACCAAAGAACUGGGGCGGGUCCUGAGGCGGCCCACUAUAUUUCCUGUGCCUGGCUUCGUCAUGAAUACGCUAAUGGGAUCAGAGAGGGCUGUGGUCCUCACUCAGGGCCAGAAAGUCAUACCCAAGAGGACUUUAGAGGCCGGAUUUCAGUACAAGUAUCCAGACUUGACCUCGGCUCUGAAAGAGAUUGUUGGGAGUUAACAGAUGUUGAAAGAACGUGUGCUGACUUAAGAUUUUCUGUAAUUAUGUGUUCAUAUUUACUGUAUUACAAGAAUAUAAACAAAAAUGGCAACUGAA